UCUGCGUGGUUAUGUUUUGGUUCUCUUAAAUUGUCAAUCAUCAGAAAGAAAAAAAAAAGAAGGAAAAUUCGUACCAGCACGAUCGUUCCAAUUUCCAUUGUUUUUUAUUAUAUUCGGUGAAUUAUGGAUACUGUUGUUGCCGUUUCUUUUCUACCCACUCCCUCCGUCUCAAAGAGCUUUUUCCCUUCUCCUUGUACACCGUUCCGUUCGAAGAGCUUAUAGGGAUCAGGGUUGAUUCCGUUGAAGAAGCUAUGGGUUGAAGUUUUUCAUGUGUAAGGCCGGUUGAAUUGUGGAGCAAUGACGAGUAGCUGUUUUGGUGUAUUCAACAGCUGUAAACAAAGAGACAGUCGAGGCCGGGCAAAGGGAGAAGAGAUUGCCACCAACAAUGUAAGGCUAUUUUCUUAUAAUUCAUUGAGAUCAGCAACAGAUGAUUUCCAUCCAUCAUGUCGGAUUGGUGGAGGUGGUUUUGGGGUUGUCUAUAGGGGAGUUUUAAGAAAUGGUACUCACGUAGCCAUCAAGUGUCUUUCUGCAGAAUCUAAACAAGGAACGCAGGAAUUCUUGACGGAGAUAAAUAUGAUUUCGACUAUACGACAUCCAAACCUUGUUGAACUCGUUGGGUGUUGUGUUGAGGGAAAUAAUCGAAUAUUGGUCUAUGAAUAUAUGGAGAACAACAGCCUUGCAAGUGUCUUACUAGGCUCAAAAAGUAAACACGUUGCUCUGAGCUGGCCCCAGAGAGCUGCUAUUUGUCUGGGCACAGCUUCUGGUCUUGCAUUUCUUCAUGAAGAAGCUGAACCACAUAUUGUUCACAGAGAUAUAAAAGCUAGCAAUGUACUUCUUGAUGGAAAUUUUACCCCUAAAAUAGGGGAUUUUGGGCUGGCUAAACUAUUUCCUGACAACGUCACUCAUGUUAGCACUAGAGUAGCAGGAACAGUAGGAUAUCUUGCCCCAGAGUAUGCUCUUCUAGGACAGCUUACAAAGAAGGCAGAUGUAUACAGUUUUGGGGUGCUUGUACUUGAAAUAAUUAGUGGGAAAAGCAGUAGUAAGGCAGCAUUUGAGGAGGAUAUGUUGGUUCUUGUUGAAUGGGCAUGGAAACUGAGGAAAGAGGAAAGGCUUCUGCAUAUGGUUGAUCCAGAAUUGACAGAAUAUCCGGAAAAUGAGGUGAUUCGCUUCAUUAAGGUUGCAUUAUUUUGCACCCAGGCAGCUGCCCAACAGAGACCCAACAUGAAGCAAGUACUACAGAUGCUUGCCAAAAAUGUUCACCUAAAUGAGAAAGCAUUAACCGAGCCGGGGGUGUACAGGGCACAUGCUUCUCAGCACUCGGGUGUAGGUAGUUCCAGAGAGACAUCAUCUUCUCAGAAAAACAAGGGUAAGCAAUCCGUGGAUCCUCUUAUAACCACAAGCCAUGUAUAUAGCUCAAGUAUGACACAUAUGCUUCCAAGAUAAUGAUGUUCAACUGUGCUUUGUGACCCUCUUAUUCCUGCAUACCUUGUGAAUGGGCGCAAAAGUAGAGCCCAAUGCUUACUCCCCUUGCGACCUUUUAGCGAGGAUGCCUUCUGAAAGAAUACGAGGUAAAAUUAAGUUGAAUGUGUAUUUGCUGAUUCUGCACAUAUAAUUAUAUACAUUAAUUAGCUUACAAUUUUUUUAUCAAAAAUAAAAAAUCAGUUUGUGCCUUUUCUUUCAGGCCAUAGAAACUACUAUCUUUCUCUUUGAGAAUAAGAGGCUUUAGGAACUGUAUGGUGGAAGAUUUGUUGUUAGCUAGCUAAUUUACUUAUUGGGCUGUAGACGAACUGUGUUUGAGAAUGCUCGAAGUAUCAUUUGUGAA